GUUAUAUAAGUUUCUCAUUCGAUUCUCGCUAAAGCAACCCCAGAAAAGCCAAUCCCCGCGUACGACGUCGCAUUACUUGUGGAGCUGAGCUAUCCUGUUUGUUCUUUCUCCCGCUCCUCUCCUCUCCUCGUGUCUCGAUCGGAGACGGAGACUGACAAAACCUCUUCCCCUCCCUCUCCUUUUUGAAUCUCCAAUUUUCCCGCCUUGUCUCCCCUCAGUCUCCGACUCUCACAGAGUCGUCGUCCUCCUCAGUUUACAAGUAGCAGGGCGAUUAGGGUUAGGGUUGGGGUUUUCGCCUGGGGGAGGCCUCAGGGCUCAGCAAUCGUACUCGUCAUCGAAAGGAAGAUUUGGUCAGGGCUUCUGACAAAUGUCGACCACAGAAGCGCUCUACUCCAAACUCUACGAUAAGUACUCGAAAAUCAAGACAAAGAAAUGGUCGGAGUUGGAAGAUAUUGGUAAAGAUCAAGAAGGAAAGUUCAAGCAUUAUGUAUCUGUUGUGGAGGAGUAUAUUCAACAUUUGCGAAAUGAAAAUGAGAGGUUGUGCUCGGAAGUUGGUGAUCUGAGAAGUGAAGUUGCUUCUAUUAGGCAUGAAAUUCUAAGGUCCACCAAAGCUGAACAAUGUACCGGGUACCAGAAUCGUUUGUUGGAAGAGAACAGGAAAAAUGAAAAGCUUUCUGAAGAAGUAGAGAGGCUCCGAAAGCUGCAACAGGAGGGAAAUUUUAGCAGAUCGAAAGGUAGCAACACAGACAAUGGACUUUGUACACCUGCUAGUGGUCAAGUAUCAGGAGCAGCAGGAAAUCUCUCAAAGAGAAGACGGACAAGUAAGCGUAGGAAGAAUUCCCAGUCUGAGGCGGAGGAUUUAGUUAUGCCUUCUAGUGUGGCUCUUGUAACUGUUCAAGAGCCACAAUGGUGUAGAACUAUUGAAAGACCAGGUUGUGCAAAACCAAUUGGCCAAGUUAACUGCGUGUUUCAAGUGCUUGUUGAGUAUAUGGUGGAUUUAAAGUUCUCGACUGUUAGUCAAGCUGAAGAAAUAUGCAUCUCAGCUGUGCAUCAAUCAAGUGGUUACGCCUUCAAUCUUACAUGGAUGAACAGAGCUGCUGGUAGCGAAGUAGAACUUCUGUAUCACACCGCAUCCUUGGGGACGCUUGAGAGGGAAGCACCAGAAUGGAUGAAGGAUGACAUAGUUUUAAGCACAAACAUGUGCCCUAUCUUCUUUGAAAGGUUAUCUCGUGUUGUCAAGCUGCACUCCUAGUACCCCCCGCCCCUCAUAUUCAUCUUUUUAAGGAUCAUUGUAGGUUAUGUAUACUGAAAAUGCUCCCCCAGUUUUUUUUUUUUUUGUUUUCCGAGUGAAUGGUUGAAAUUUAAGUCUAACACCAGAUAUUGAUAACAUGAUCCUUUGCAUUUGAAUUGAAAUUUAGAACAUUUGAUUUGAGAAAGGGUUGUCAAACCGCAUGAGCCAACACUAGCAGUGCUACCUCACUAAUGCUCUUGUCAAACCUGUUGAAGCCAAACUCCAAGUCGUCAUGAGGCUCUACCACGUACAGAGAAGUGCCGGCAGUAGACAGGUUCAAGACCCUCCGCAACCACAAUCUUGAUGAACUGUGCGGCCGUGAUUACAAUACAAUCUUGAUGUUCUGUUCCCACUGGUCUUGGCGUCAUCAAAGCUCGAAUUGAAGGAAGGAUAGGUCCCUGCACUUCACUUUAUCUCUGUACGCUCCUUGGCCAUAGUUUUUCCGGUCCACUUGGUGUACUACGGCACCAGAGAGUUUGUCCACCUUAUUCAGUGCAACAAUGAGGUAUUCCUCGUUUUCAAAAGAUUAUGCGACUCUAUUGUUUGAGGUUAUAAGCCAUCCAUAAUGCCAACAACCAAAACUGCAACAUCACAUAAAUCUGAACCCCGUGAGCUGAUAUUAGCGAAUGGCUUUUAUGCCCCGGGAUGUCAAUGACCAAUUGAUCUGGGACCUUCAGCUU